GUUAAUUAUAUUUUGAUUGAACAAAAUGGUUGAAAAAUGACAAUACAUUGUACAAGCAAUGUCGCUGUUUAUUCUGAAAUUACUGUUAAAUAUAUUGGACUAGAUCUAUCUCAUGUUUUAGUUGCUUUAAUUAUGUGUUAAGAACAUUUGAUUUAAACAUUUGGAAGACUUUGGUAGACAAAGAAGAGAAGUAAACAUGACUUCAAAAUCAAGUAUUCACUUAAUGAUAUUUUAUAUGCAAAGCAGGGAAAUGUUUAAAUUAACACCUCAGCUCUGCAGGCUAGCCAAAACUGAGUAUGAGGAAACAAGAGCAAAGCUUCCCGAUGACGUCAGAGGUGACGUCAGUUUUGACAAAGUGUUGCAUCUCAUUGAACACGUGGAAAAAUCGGAAUUUGCUAAAGCAAUUGAACUUUUAGGGGAGGCAUACAAAGAACAUGAAGAGAUGAUGAGUUAUUUUCCAAAGAAGAGCAAAGAAAAGCAUGCGAAGAAAAUUGAAGAAGCGGGAUCACCGUCUAUAUUGGAAGAAAAAUGGGAACAACCCGUGCGACCCGAUGAUAUCCCUACGCCUCCAGCUGUAAAGCACACACCCAAUGAAGACGAUAGCAGAAAUUGGAAUAAUAAAUCACCAACUGUAUCAAAAGAUUAUGACACAAUGAACAUUAAUGGCAAAGGCACCGGAGAUGAAGACAAUAAUAGUCAUAGGAUGACGUAUCUCACAACAUUUAGAAAGCGUAAUGGCAAGGCUGAUUAUGAGACAGUGUAUGUAUCAAAUAGUCCUGCAGUGCUUGCUGACAAGUUCACAGAGAUAUACAAGAACGAAUGGAAAUCAGCUUAUAAUGAACUCGAAGUUGUUCUCGGUAACAAACAGACUAUACGACAUAUGUUGUGGAUUAUUGCAAAAUCUUCCAUUAUAUGUGCAAACUUAGCAACUCAACAAUUAUCAGAUGUGGAAAACUCAGUUGUUGGUAUUAUGGUGUCACGAGAUCCGUUAAACAAGAAGUCAUUGAUUGAUGAAACAUUAGCAAAUAGAAACGAAAACGCUGUAGCAAAAGCAAGAAGUAUGCUUGUAGAUUAUAGAAGAGAGCUUUCAAAACUGUCUAUCCCUAUGUUACAAAAGGAGAUAAGACGUGCGAUCGCAUCUGAACUUGGAACAUCUCUGCCAAGAAGAUUUACAGGGAUCGGUAACCAUUUUGUUGACUAUGCCGAGAAGUGUAUUGAAGUUAUAUGGUUAAUGUAUGUACACGACCCACCUAUGCAUCUGGAAUGGUUGACCAGGGAGCAAGAGGGGACGUCAUUUAAAACUGAUUUAUACAUGUCCUAUACGACACCUGGAACUUUAUACGAUUAUUGUGUCUGGCCAGUUGUACGUCUUCAUAGGAAUGGCCCUAUUUUGUGCAAAGGAGUAGCACAAGGGAAAUAAUCAUCCGUUUUGUAGUGCCACAUAUCAAUACAGUACGGAUGAAAAAAUGAAAUGAUUAUUGCAAUUGCUUGAUUAUUAAAUACAGGAAAUAUUAUUUAUCUUCGAGAUAAAUGUUUAACAAUGUAUAAGCUUUUAGUUAUUAACAUACAAAACAUAAAGAAUGUUCAAAAUGAAUGAAAUGAAAUACAUGAAAUAAAAUCAGCUGUAAAGAAUGUUUUUACGAUGCAUUCUAGUCAUUCUCAUACACAACUUUCAUAAUAAUGAACUCCACUGAGGUCCAAAACUUAAAAACUGGUAUACAGGUAUGACACACCCAUCAUAAUGCUCACUAUGAAUAAAAAUAC